AUUCCACCUAAAGGGCCAGGCACUAACUUGCAUCGCAUUCAACCCAGGCCCUGCUUGCACACUCCUCGCUCGCUCCCAUCUCUCCUCCUCAUUCCAUCGACACAUACACACACGCCGAGCCAUGGCCUUCAAAUCACCACCUGCCAAGGUCCACAGCUAUGUCACUAAGCUGUUGAAGGCGAACGUGAUCAAGAACCCCCCCGUGUGGUACCCUGCGACCUCGCUUGCCCCUCCGUCUCCGACAUUCCUCCGCGAGCGUGAUCCCUCCCGUGCCAACAUCAACCCCCAGCUUACAUUUGAGCGCGAGGCUGCCGCCGCCGGCACCGCUUCCUCAGGAACAACAACAACGACAGCGGCAGAAGCAUCAGCACAAAAGACCUUGACCCGUUCCUCAAGGACGAAUAAACACCUCCGCUGGAAGAGCGAACGACCCAAGAAUAUUAUCUAUCCAGAAGACAGGCUCCGUCGACGGUUCUAUGAGGAUCACCCUUGGGAAUUGCGCCGUCCUAGAUGUUUGGUUGAGACCUCGGGAGAUGGCACGCGUCGCGACUGGUCCACGCUUCUGCAGAAGGGUCGGUCGAUCGCUGAUCUGACCGGUGAAGAUGUGGUCCAGCAUCAAUUGUACCUCAUGACCACAGGAAAAUCAGAGCGGGAAGCCUACCAUAUCGCAACUCAGGAGUUUUACUUACACAGGGCUCAGGAGGAGACUGAGGCCCGUGUUGCCAAGGCUCAGGCCAUGGCCUUUGGACUCAAGCCUCGUAGGAGCUUUGUCAUGAACGGAUUGAAGCGCGAGGAGGAGGCUCUGCUUGAGGCUGAGAACAACGCUGCCAAGUUUUAAAAAUGCCAACAGGAUCAUUUAUCCUUAAAGCAAUAGGGAUGGGACGUGGCAUUUGGAAAGGGUAGUUCUGGGUACAAGAGGGACAAAGGUGUCAUCAUGGAUUGGAAUUUUUUUUUCUUUGCAAAACUAGAAAUAAAGCUUGAGCAUCAACAUGGACACUUCUGGUGCAUUGGG